AUGCCAAGACAGGCGGAGAUUGCGUGUCCUGUGUUCGACGGCGAUGGGGACGGCUUCAUCGACGCCAUUGAGCUUCGUCGUUUGAUGGACAGUCUAUGUGUUUGUCUGUCCGAUUGGGAGAUCGAGGAGAUGAUUCGAGAGGCCGAUCAGGACGGCGACGGACGAGUGAACUACUUCGGUGAGUUUGCUCGAAUCACUCGUGGCCAAUUCGGUACGUCCGCCCCUUCAGACUGCUCGUCUCAAGGUCCGGUUGGAGACCGGAUUUCGAGAACUGUUUUCGUUGACAGCCCACAGCGCUGA